AUGCUCAGCAGUCGUACACUUGUUACUUGUGACAGUGCUAUGCGACAGAAUGGCGACCAGAGUGAGGACCUCAAAUCCUUGCAAAUCAUCUUCACUAUUGUGAACUACAGUUUAAAGGAGGAGCUACUCCUCAUUGGAGAACUAUGCGAGUUUAGUCCAAUGGAACAUAAUGCAUCGCAUGGCGUUGAAACGAGUACCGAAGAUUGCACGGGUAUAGGUGGCUACCCUCAAUUGGUGCAAAGAUCGAGGAAACAGACUAAACAAACUACACGGGUUAUCGGUGAGGUAGAAUUACACCAGAUAAAAACGGCGGAGAUGGUAACUACCGAGGGAAAGACUAAAUUGCAUCUCGCAAGAAAGACUAUAUAG